AUGUCUGCCAAAAUUAUAAAUGAACAAAUUCAUACCGAAGAAAUACCAAUCUCCAUCGAUAAAUUGAGAUCUCUAAUAACAGAAAAUUUCAAAAAUACUCAAGAUGUUCAAGGUUCUAUUUCAACUCUAAUAAAUGAAUUGAAUAAUGCAUCCUCACUACACAAGUAUAUAGUCACAUGUACUUCAAUUAAACAAGAAAAGGUUAAUAACAAUACUGAAAACUUUACCAUCUCAAAUAAAAUUGGUACUUCUUGGGAUAAAAAUAAAGAUGGUCUAUUUAAUUGUAAAAUUAAAGACACCAAUGGGGAUUUAUUUUUGAUUACAGUUGUAUGGAUAACUAUAAUGCAAAAUCACUAG